AUGCCCCGCAUGUCAACGAGUUUCGCACUGGCGCUGACACUGGUCUUCCUUCUCUGCCUACAGACCACAGCAGCAUCGCUACAGAACGAAAGAAAUGCCGACAACAAGGGGAUGUCAGUGGAGUUCCACAACAACACUCUCGGAAACAAUGUUAUGGAUGGUGGAAGGUCGGAGAUUGCAUUUCCCUUUGACCUGGAGCGGAUAAUUGACGAUUGGAUAUUCAUGGGGUACCUUUUGGGGAACGACUUCAUCCCCCACUUGCCCAACAUGCACAUCCACGCAGAAUCAACGCUCUACCUGUGGGACACCUACCACGUGGUGCUUCCCAAAUUGGACGGCUACAUAAAUGAAUUUGGGACGCUCAACCUCGAGAGGUUUCACAUAUUUCUCUCGGAGUUGUCCAAGUUGGUUUGA